AUGAGUUCCAGAAGUAAGAAUGAAGAUAGGCUUAGCUCUUUGCCUGAAGAGAUUCUUUCACAUAUACUCUCUUUAAUGCCUACAAGUUUUGCUGUGCGAACUAGCAUUUUAUCCAAAAGAUGGAAAUACAGUUGGACAUUGGUCACAAACCUUGACUUGAACGAUUAUUACCUUGGGUUUGAUUUCAAAUGCUUCUCAGAAUUUGUGGAUCGGGUAUUGGAGCAUUGCAAAACAUCACAACUUCAAUCAUUCCGGUUAGGUCUUUUUCGUACUUCAGUGCAAAAGUCAGAUGUUGCAAAGUGGAUUAAUGAGGCAAUUAGGUUAAAUGUUAGUGAGGUUGACAUACAAGUUAGGAAAAUUGGUUUGCCUCUCAGCCUGUUUACUUGCAAGACGCUUACAAAAUUAAGAUUAGCUGGGAGUACUUUUGAUGAUUCAGAUGUUUUUAAUGGUCAGUCUCCAGUCGUGAUGCUUCCUGGUUUGGAAACUCUUGAUCUCAAUGUUUCUAGGAUAUCUUGUGUCAACUUAUUCAGAUUCAUCCAUGGCUGCCCAGUACUUGAAAGUUUAUCUCUGGAGAUAUUAUGGCCUGAUGAUGAAGUAGACUACAAUUUCAACAUUCCUACUUUGAAGCGAUUGGAAUUAAGAAUGAGUAGUUUAUAUACAAGCAAAGUUGUUUUAAAUGUCCCUAAUCUUGAAUACCUUUGUGUUGGUGAGGAUUUGUGCCCACACUUCGUGAUGAAAGAUUUGUCGUCUUUGGUUGAGGCAGCUGUUUUUUUUAAUGGUGGUUUAAUAGAUUAUCGUCAGAAGGUUGAGCUUCUAAAAGGAUUAAGUGGAGUUAAAUCACUUUCUUUGUUCACUUCGACUUUUAAUGAAUUUGUACAUUCACAUUUGCCCAAGUUUCUCAAUUUGAAGCAUUUGGAAUUGAAGGAUUCUUUCAAAUCUCCAUGGAUCUUAGUUAGUCAAAUUCUUGAAAGCUCUCCUGAGUUGGAGCAUUUAUGUUUUGAAGAGCCGGAAGAUAGUAGCUGGAUUGAGCCGCAGUCAGUUCCCACUUGUUUGGUUUCGAACCUUAAAACAAUGAAAAUUACAAAGUGCAAGGGGCGGAGUUGUGAUAUACAAUUCCUAAAAUACAUAUUGGGGAAUGCAGAGGUUUUGAAGACAAUAACAAUCAUACGUGGAAGUUUACGCAUGAAGGAUGAAAUGGAAAUGUGUGCACGCUUGUUGAAGUUUCCAAGAGCUUCAAGGUUUUGUGAGAUUCAUUUUGUUGGGAAAUGGCUUUAUUCUUCUACAGGUAACUAG